AUGGCGCGCACAACUAUCGCGGCACCACUCCAACAACAGCCGCGCCACUGCCACCUCCUCACCAAACUCUCCGCCGAACUCCGCAACAACAUCUACGAGCUAUGCCUGAUCGACCCAGCACGCAACGAUCACGGACCCGUAUACAUCGAACGCGAUGCGGACGACCUAGACCAGAUCCCGAAGCAUUCUCUAGCUCUCCUCGCCACAUGCCGCCAGAUCUACCACGAGGCCGCAGGCCUCUUCUACAACAAUCUUCACAUCGGCUUCCUGACCCCUUGCGACUGUCGGACCUUUCUCGCCGACAAUGGCAGUAAGCAUGUCACAGCUAUCAAGCAGCUUUCGGUCAUGAUUGGAAACUACGAUCGGGGAAGCCAGGCGUUGGAGUUCGUUAAGAUGCUGGCGCCAAUGACGCAGCUGAAGAAGUUGACGUUCGAUAUUCAAGCGGGAGGUAUCGAUGAGGAUGAGCCGCUGGAUUCGAUUCUUGGGGUGGUGGAGGAGCUGAAGCAGGGUAUUGCGAGAUUGCCAGCUGUUGAGGAGGUGUUGCUUGAUACGUGGACUUUGCGGUAUGAGGUUGUUAUUGUGGGUGAUACGCCGCAGAAGGCGAAACUAGAUGCUAUCAAGAAUGCAUUGGGCGCGGAUGUUGUUGAGAGGGUCAAGAUCAGGGGGCGAUAG